CGGGGCCGCGGGGGGGGACAUGGCGGCGGUGGGCGGAUGGAAGCGCUGAUGACUGUCAGGAAACUCGCCUCCAUCUGUACCAUGGGCGCCAAUGCCUCCGCAUUGGAGAAAGAGAUUGGGCCAGAACAGUUUCCCGUAAACGAACAUUACUUUGGCUUAGUCAAUGAUGGAUCUUUCUCAUCCUAUAAUGGCAGCCUCCUCGACCACAUGGCGAGAUUUCAGACAGCUCGGAGUAGCACACCAGAGCAGUCUGUCCGCUCCUCCGCAUUCGCUUGUGCAGUUACGUGUGGAGUAUGGGGCCUGGGACUGCUCGCAGUGCCAGUUCGGCAAUACCUGCUACUGCAAUUCGGUUUUGCAAGCGCUUUACUUCUGCCGUCCGUUUCGGGAAAAGGUUCUGGCCUACAAGGUACAGCCCAGGAAGAAGGAAAGCCUGCUGACCUGCCUGUCCGACCUCUUCAACAGCAUCGCCACGCAGAAGAAGAAAGUUGGCGUGAUUCCGCCCAAGAAAUUCAUAUCAAGGUUAAGGAAAGAAAAUGAAUUGUUUGAUAAUUAUAUGCAGCAAGAUGCUCACGAGUUCCUGAACUACCUGCUGAACACCAUCGCCGACUUGCUGCAAGAGGAGAAGAAGCAGGAGAAGCAGAACGGCAAGUUGCAGAACGGCAGCGUAAGAAGCGAGGACCACCAGAAGCCCAGGCCGACCUGGGUCCACGAAAUAUUUCAAGGAACGCUAACGAACGAAACCCGGUGUCUCAACUGUGAGACCGUUAGCAGCAAAGAUGAAGACUUUUUGGAUCUUUCAGUUGACGUGGAACAAAACACUUCGAUAACUCAUUGUUUAAGAGGCUUCAGUAACACGGAGACACUGUGCAGUGAAUGCAAGUACUACUGCGAGCAAUGUCGCAGUAAGCAAGAAGCCCAAAAGAGAAUGAGGGUGAAGAAACUUCCAAUGAUACUCGCUCUGCACUUAAAAAGGUUCAAAUAUAUGGACCAGCUUCAUCGAUAUACAAAACUCUCCUACAGAGUGGUGUUUCCACUGGAGCUGAGGCUUUUUAACACAUCAGGGGAUGCCACCAAUCCAGACCGACUGUACGAUCUUGUAGCUGUGGUUGUUCACUGUGGCAGCGGCCCUAAUCGCGGACAUUAUAUCACCAUUGUAAAGAGCCAUGGGUUCUGGCUGCUCUUUGACGAUGAUAUCGUAGAGAAAAUAGACGCUCAAGCUAUUGAAGAAUUCUACGGAUUAACUUCAGACAUCUCGAAAAACUCUGAAUCAGGUUACAUUCUUUUCUACCAAUCAAGGGACUGAGAGGGAAAGAGAAGAUCGGAAUUACUUGUUAUCCUAAAGGAACCUGGUGCUUUGUAGCAACUCCCGCAGGGCGUAGGGCAGGAGUGUGGAGAACACUGAACACGGCGGACUUUAGCUUGUGAUGUGAAGGCUCGGGCUAUAAUCCACGCUGCCAGUGUGGGACAUGAGUUUGCCACGCUCCGUUCCGUCGCUUCCAAAAAAAAAAUCAUUGUGCGCUCCUUGAAAAUGGGAAACUCACUCACAAGUUGGUCCAGCUGCUUUUUUUUUUAUUUAAAAAAUGUUUUACUUUCAGCUGCUUACCUUGAUCUCGGAGCAGGAGACCGUUCAGCCUAUUCAUCCUGUUCCGUCAUCUUAUUAGAUCGUUGCAGGGUUUUUGAAUUCCAUUUCCCCACCUGUUUUCCAUACCCCUCAGUACUCAUAUCAGCAUUAGUUACAGAAAGCUUAAUUUUUUUUAAAAUUGAAAGAAAUACAAAAGUUUUCAAAACUGGUCGCUCAGUACAAUAACUUUGCUUUUUAUUUUUUUAUUAAAAAGAGGUGCUUGCAGACACGACUGUAAAUGUUCCCACCGAUGUGUUUUUUUUUUUAAAAAAAACGCAUUGAUUUCAGCGUUAAGGGUUUGACGUGACAAAAGCAUUGAUUGUUUUUAAAUGCAAACUCUAAAACGCUAAAGGUUUUGUUUUUUUUAACGAGAGAUUUUCUUGACUUGUUGAACGACGUGCUUUGUAAAAUAUUUUCUCUCUCUCUCGCGCUCCCAGAACAGUGGAGCUGAAUUACAUUAUGACUGCUCUUGGAAUGAUUUUGCUUAAGAGAGGGAAGUGUUGAAAGUAAAUCGGUUGAUCGGGUGAUCAGGGCUACUUUUUACAACUGGUGCUGCUGUGUCUGUUUGUUUACUUGCGAGAAGCCACACAAUUAUGUGUCUAUUGUAGGUUCUUGGGGGGGAAAAGAUAUUCCCAAGAUCCCAUGACUAUUUCUUUUGCAAAUGUAGCGGUUACAUUCAUAACCCCAUUUACUUUCCACUGCUUUCCUUGGUCUCGGAGCAGAAGGGCCAUUCAACCUAUUAAUAAUCCCGUUCUGUCAUCUUAUUAUAUCAUUGCAGACCUUUGAAUCCCAUUUCCCACUUGUUUUCCAUACAACUUAGAAUUCGUUGUUGCAUUGGUUACAGAAAGCUUCCCCUACUCACUGGCGUUUGAACAGCUCCGUUGUUCACCAGUGGUGGACCGAAUUCAGUGUUAAACGCGCCCGGACCCAACACUCCAGUUCCUGCAUUGGGAAGUUAAUUCAGGUCACCAGAGACGUGUCUUUUGUAUUUUGAGUUCAAACAUUUUUACAAACAAAUAAUAAGGUGUGUGAUUUGAAAGGUGUUUGCAAGAGACAUGACGCAGACUGAAAACCUCUUACAAAGUGCACUUUUGAUACAGACUUACAAGUAUCUGAACAGGCGUAAAUCAUGGCGUGUGGCUUGACAUAGUCUUGUAUUCCAAGGACUCUGAAUAAAAGUAACUUAUGGUCCAAAAAA